CACAAAAUUCCUCUGUGUGUGUGUGUGUGUGUGUGAGAGGGGAUAGAGGGGGGGUAUGUGAGGGGGGCAGGAUGGGGGCACUGCAGCUCAAAAGAACUCUUUGUGAGAUCUAAAGGGCCUCUUCUAAUAUAUAUGCAUAUGGCUGAAGAGAACAGCCAUCUCCACAACAUGCCUGGGCUGUGAAAUCAAUCACUGAAACUACAGAUCCCAAGAUGCAUUGCAUGGAUAUGACUGUGGGAUGAAGGAACUGUGAGCCAAGACUAUUUUUUUUAUUUGUUUAUAUGUACAGUAGUGUAGUCUUUGUAUAGUCCUCUGCUAUUUUGCUGGUUCACACCAAUUCAGGUUGUUUGUAUUUUGUUUUGAUUACUGUUCGUUAUUUAUUUUGUUUGCAAAAAGAAAUGAUCAAAGAAGCUAAUGAACAACAUGCACAAGUGGAAUCUAACACCGUUCACUCUGAUGUCAUUUUUGUUUUGUGUCGUGUCAUACUCUCUGGUUAAUGAUUCCUUCCUGACCUGUAUUUCUCUAAGUGUGAGGAUCUGUCUCUAAUGACCUAGUCAUGUGUGUGUGUGUGUGUGUGUGUGUGUGUUGUGUCCUGGUGUCUUGCUCACCAGCCAGUAGAGGAGGAAGGUCUCGUGUCCUUGAGAGUUGGUCUCUCACGCCUUUGAUUGUUGCAUUCCAGUGGCCUUAACAUUAACACAUUUCUAGUUCACUUACUUUGACUUCUGUGAGCAGAAUUGAGGGUGUGUGUGUGUGUGUGUGUGUGUGUGUGUGUGUGUGUGUGUGUGUGUGUGUGUGUGUGUGUGUGUGUGUGUGUGUGUGUGUGUGUGUGUGUGUAUGUAUACACAUAUUUAGUUGUAUCUGUGUGUGUGUUCAUUUGUUUCAUUUCAAUCUUUAUCAUUGAAUGUAGACUUUCAGUUGAUAGAUAGGGGACCAAAAGGGUUAAAGCACAUUCCAGAGCACACGUGUCAUCUUUAGAUGACGAAUAGUUCACCUUGAUCUAACACAGUGACGUCAUCACGCUCAUGUUAUGUCACAACACCGGAUCGAAACCCUACAGUCGCGUGAACUAAACCUCAUGUCCUGACGUCUUAUUGCAAGGAUUUAAGCGAAACCAAAGUCUACCUAUACAAAUGGAGUUAUGGCAGUUAUGGCAACGUAAGGUUGUGGAUGUAUGGCUACUUAGAGCUUCACGUGGCAUACUCUUAGGCAUUCUGUAAAAGCCACCAUCACUACUGUGGGCAUUAAGCCUCCAUCUGUUAUCACAACUGUGAUGUCAAUUUGACAAAGCUUUCAUUGUUACAUCACGUUUGCUUGUCUGACUUUUUAUGAUGCAGUAUGUUUAAAGAUUUAAUGUUUUUUUUUUUUUUUUUUUUUUUUUAAACACCCCAUAGAAGAACAUUGUCAAGCUACACUAAAUUUCCUUUUUGUUAGAAAGAGCAAUGUUUUAUUUGGUUGCUUGUGUAUUUUUCUUUUUUUUUACAUGUUUAGAGAGACAGAAUGUGUUAGUAUGUAGGCUAAAGCACAGAUUAGGAUCUGAAACAAUAACGGUACUGCUUCUAAAUACAUUUACAUUUAACCUGUUGAGAGAUUUCACAUUGGUAUAUCACGCCCCAACUAUCAAGCCAAAUGAUUGUGUAAAAUGUCAGACUUUCAGCCAUUUUUGAUGAACAAGUGCCUUAAUACCGACAUGUUUAUUGGUUGCUUUGUUAAGUUAGAGUGGACAUAUUUUUAUAUAAAAAAAUAUUCAGUUAGGACUCAAACCAUGACGACAGUGAAAAUGAAGUAACAAUUUUCAAAUAAAAUGUAUAUCUUUACAGAUGUCUCCCGGUGAAUUCUUGUGUGUGUUUGUGUGGUACGUUUCCUGUUAUUCCAUACAUGCUCUUUAUGUUGAAGUCGUGCUUUCCGUGUUAGUCAAAGGUGAUCUAUAAACAUGUUUUAGUCUUAAAUGUAUCAGUGAGCUCAGAGACAAUCUUUAUGCUACAGCAUAAGACCUGGCCUGUGCUGGUAUUUAGAAAAAAGCACGGCAUGCAUGUCGUUCUACAACCGGACCAGCAGGUGUCGCGCCUUCUCCGGAUGGAAGGAGCAUCUGUCGCCUGGAAACAAGAACACCCUCUUCUUUUUGUAGAGAUCGUUGUUGAUUCCUCGCGAAUAAUGCCACUUUUGUUUAUGUGGAGCACUGGGUACUGUCUCCGUGAAGACGUUGUUUGUUGCGAAUGAUUCAGACAGUGCCUUUCUUUCUUGAGGCCUGAGACUUGAAGGGGGAUGUUGGUUAUAUUCGCUUUAAACGUUCCAACAGGCCCGGUGCCACGAUGAUCCGAGCGUCACUACUGUGGACAUAACAAGUGAAUACACCGAUCCUGGUUCUCCGAUGGAACUGUGGUUCUUGAAUAGUUCAGCGAGAUGACAUGGCUAGUCGGAGUACUUCUGUCCCUCUUGGGUUGGAUCAGCCUCUACGCUUUCCUCUGCCACUCAAACGGUUCCCAUGGAUACGAGUGGAACUGUCGCCUGGUCACUCUGGUCCAUGGCAUCCUGGCUAUCUGCAUCACCGCCUACAUCGGCUAUGUGGAUGGACCCUGGCCCUUCAGCUAUCCAGGUACGAAGAACACGCCCCUGCAGAUGAGCGCCAUGGUGCUGAGCCUGAGCUACUUCCUGUUUGACAUGGCCUGGUGUAUCUACUUCCGCACUGAGGGCCUGGUGAUGCUGGCACACCACACCAUCAGCAUCCUAGGCAUCAUCCUGACGCUGGUCCUGGGCGAGUCGGGCAUCGAGUCGUGCGCGGUGAUCUUCGGCAGCGAGAUCACCAACCCCCUGCUGCAGGCGCGCUGGUUCCUGCGGCAGACGGGCCGCUACGAGAGCCGGCUGGGCGACGCGGUGGAUGUGAGCUUCGUGCUGCUCUUCGUGCUCAUGCGCAUCGUGGUGGGCGCCAACAUGCUCUACUGCGAGCUCAUCUCGCCCCGCCCCAAGUUCGUCAUCAAGUGUGGCGGUGUGGCCAUGUACGUGCUCAGCUGGGUGUUCACCGUGGACAUCGCCCGAUUCACCGUGCGCAAGUACCGGCGCUGGGGCCGGCGGGACCGAAUCACCGAGACCAACGGGCCGCACGCAAAGACAGACUGACAUGGCCACCGCUCAUUUCCUCACAGAAAUUUUAAAGAGAGAGAUUUUUAGAUAACAUUUCAGAAGAAGAUAACCAUGAUAAUUGAACAAGACCUGUGGACAGUGCGUUGCCUGAGAGAUAGAAAGACGCAUGGAGAUGUGAGCAUGUUAUUGCGGAAAAGCCCAGACUGGAAUGGUUCUGCCUUCUGUCUGGGGAGCUGAUGAAGCAGUACGAAAUGAGCCAUAGUUCAUGCGUCUCAGAUGACACUGUCCACUGCCUGCCAGACAGCAUUUCACAACGCCACUGUACUCAACUGCCCUCCACACGCAGCACAGUUGGGGGUAGAUCUGGCUGAGAUACGGUCCUGAUGCGGUUGCUUGGUGCCACAUCAGAGUUAGAUGCUACAUGGGGUUGUGCUUAUGACAGCAGACACACAGACACACACAGUCGGGGGUGAAUCUGGCUGAGAUCCGGUCCUGAUGCGGUUGCUUGGUGCCACAUCAGAGUUAGAUGCUACAUGGGGUUGUGCUUAUGACAGCAGACACAGACACAUGCUUUACAUAUGGUCUGCGUAGUUGUCAUUUGAAGGUGGCGUCUGCAAUUCGAACCCAAUAUACUUUUUGUCAACUUUAGCAAAUUGCUCCUCACGGUCGACUAGCGGUCGUCUUUGUGUGUGCUCAUAAAAACCUCUGGUGUGUGUGUACACAGCCCAGGGGUCAGGAAAGA